AUUCUCCGCAAAGCAAUCUGUUUGUGGAAAACUAAAAAUAGGUGCCUCGCUUGCAUUCUAAAUCGCAGAUGAUUUUGUAUGUUCUCGUGGCAGUGUUAACAUACCAAUUAACAACUGAAAUACUAGUAGCAGAUGUGCCAGAAGUAAGUCGCACAUUUCUCGGAACUGAAGCGCAGCUCUAGAACCAGAUAGAAUUAUCGAGAAUCUUCGGAUUUUCUGCGCAAUAAUUGGAAACCAAGGUUCGAUAUCUUAUAAAAGCUAUUGAGUUACUGUGCUAGCAGUCGGCAAAAAGAUGGUCAGCGAUAAUACUCAAAAACAACAGGAGGACCCGAGUGUGUGCAAGGAGCGAGGAAACGAGGAGUUCAAAAAUGGCUAUUGGGAUACGGCCAUUACGUGGUAUAGUAAAGCGAUCGAAUUAGGCGCGAAGCACAAGGACUUGCCGGUGUUUUACAAGAACCGUGCCGCAGCUUAUUUGAAGUUGGACCAGUUUGAGCAAGCUGCUGACGAUUGUACCAAGUCGUUGGAUUGCUGUCCGAAUGACCCGAAAGCAUUGUUCCGUAGAUCGCAGGCAUACGAAUCACUGGAGCGCUUUGAAGAGGCUUAUAGAGACCUCCGAACGAUCCACACGCAUGAUCCGAACAAUAAGAUGAUUAAGCCUCAUCUGGAGAAACUACACGCAAUUGUUCAGGAACGGGCUCGUGAUCGGGCACAAACGUCGAACAGGGUCACUCAGAUGUUCCAGAUUGCUUUUGAUUUGGCUGCCGUCAAGGAAAAACGUGAGCAAGCCAUGAAUAAUAUUGUCGUGUUAGCUCGUGAAUCUGCCGGAGCUGAAGUGAUGUUGAAGGAGGGUUUGGUCACACGCAUUGGCAAGUUGCUAAAAGUUGAAAAGAAUAACGACAUCUUCACCAAUGCUGUAAGGGCUAUCGGCGAAGUUUGCGCAAAAAGUCCAGAGAGAACCAAGACAGUGCUGAAAGAGUUGGGUAUUCCGUGGUUCCUACAAAUUCUCGAUAGCAACAUGGAAGAUCGAGUGGCAGCUUCUCAGCAUUGCAUGCAGACGGUUUUGAACUCACUUUCUGGUAUGGAGAACAAGGAAGACAGCAAACCAGUUAAAGAGCUAGUGCAAGAAAACAAGCAGCUGAUUGAUACUCUUCUAAGCUGCUUGGUUUACUCUAUAACGGAACGAACCAUCACUGGAAUGGCUCGAGAUGCCAUUAUGGAACUGAUCAUCCGGAACGUUCACUACAAGACCAUAGACUGGGCAGAACGCCUGGUUGAAAUGAAGGGACUCAUCCGGCUGAUGGAUGUGUGCUCUGAGCUGGAGGAGUACAAAUACGAAAGCGCCAUGAAUAUUACCCCUUCAUCACGAACGAUUGCCUCGGUUUGUUUGGCCCGUAUCUACGAAAACAUGUACUACGAUGCCGCUCGGGAGCGUUUCGGCGAGCAGAUUAGCGAGUUCGUGAACGAUAAACUAAUGACACCAGAUCAUGAAUCGAAGGUUCGUGUUACGGUGGCCAUUACUUCUUUGCUGUUGGGUCCGCUGGAUGCCGGUAAUUCCAUGAUUUCGAGGGAAGGCGUGAUGCAGAUGAUUCUGGUUAUGGCGCAAUCAGAUGAUCUGCUGGAGCAAAAGGUAGCAUGUGAGUGUAUCAUAGCAGCGGCUUCCAAGAAAGAUAAGGCCAAAGGGUUGGCUCUGAGUGGAGCGGAAGUCCUCAAGAAGUUAUACUCUUCCAAGAAUGAGGAAAUCCGCGUCCGAGCGUUGGUUGGUCUGUGCAAACUUGGCAGUUCGGGCGGUUUAGAUGCGUCAAUUCGUCCAUUUGCUGAUGGUUCAACGAAAAAGCUCGCCGAAGCAUGCCGAAAGUUUUUGAUUAAACCCGGCAAGGACAAGGACAUCCGCAAGUUUGCUGCUGAAGGUUUGGCCUACCUGACGCUGGAUGCAGAUGUGAAAGAGAAGCUGGUCGAAGAUCGUGCCGCUAUUCAGGCACUUAUUGAACUUGCCAAAACCGGAGAUCAGUCUGCACUUUAUGGCGUUGUAACCACGUUAGUCAAUUUGGUCAACGCCUACGAGAAGCAGGAACUUCUUCCUGAGCUGGUACAGCUAGCCAAAUUCGCAAAGCAUCACAUCCCGGAGGAACACGAGUUGGACGAUCCGGACUUUGUCAGUGGCCGUAUUAUUGUUCUUGCUAACGAAGGAGUGACAUCGGGUUUGGUUGCUCUCUGCAAAACCGAAAGCGACAACAGUAAGGAAAUGAUUGCCCGUGUAUUCAAUGCACUCUGUAGUGAACCGGAAGUCCGCGGCAAAGUUGUGCAACAAGGCGGAGCGAAAGUUUUACUCCCGUUAUGUUUCAAGGGAACGGCGAACGGAAAACGACAUGCUGCCCAAGCAUUGUCUCGCAUUGGAAUUACCAUAAACCCAGAAGUGGCAUUCCCUGGUCAAAGAAACCUGGAGGUCAUCCGACCACUGUUGAACCAGCUGCAUCCAGACUGUUCGUCGCUGGAGAAUUUUGAAGCGCUGAUGGCUCUUUGCAACCUUGCAUCCAUGAACGAAUCCACUCGGCAGCGCAUUAUCAAAGAGGAAGGCAUUGGUAAAAUUGAAUCCUACAUGAUAGAGGAUCACCUAAUGCUAAGACGUGCAUCCACCCAAGUAAUCUGUAAUAUGGUGCAGUCUCCGGACGUUAUCAAACUUCAUGAGAAAGAAAAUGAUCGAGUUAAAUUCUUAGCACUGCUCACAAUGGAAGAGGACGAAGAUACUGCGAAUGCAGCUUCUGGAACGUUGGCCUAUUUGACAGCUGUCAGCGAUAAGUGCUGUGAGAAAAUGUUCAGUCCUAAUAGUUGGUUGGAAGUCUUCCAUACGUUGGUGGCCAAUCCAAGCGCAGAUGUUCAAUAUCGGGGCACUGUCAUCAUCCAUAAUAUCAUCAAAUCCAACAAAACUUUGGCAGAGAAACUUUUCGACACAGACAUUUUGCGGAUGUUGUACGGUGUAACCCAAUUAAACGACGAGAAGCGUGCCAAAGCAAUUGAGACGGCUCAAAAGUGCCUGAAAAUAGCCGAAGAAUACCGACUAAUUGAAGAGAAUAAGGAUGCCGAUCUUGCUCCGGAUGUGUUUGAACAGCAGAAGCGGGAGGCAACAAUCGAAGAGAUCGAUGAGUAAAGCAGCCGGCGAACUAAAUCCCUAUCGUACUGAAAGUGCAUUACACGGAAGAAGUGGAAUUCUUUCGAUUAUUUUAUAACUCUUUUUCUUAACUUUUAUUAUAGUUUGUUUAGAAAAUGACUUAGUGUUCU